GGAACAUGAAACCAAUGCAGCCGCUUGCCGUGAGUAUGCAGGAUGCAGCCAAAAGUGAACCUGCAGCGCUUGGUGUCUGCAUGUGUUGUGCCGUGUGUGUGCAGAUCUGCGUUGUCGACAACAUUUUCAACGUUUGCAUCGGUCACCGUGGUCACCACCAUCAGCGUGCUGGUGAGAGCAACACAAGAGCCUUUUUUGCACCUUCACCUCUUUCUCCUCUCCCCCCCCUCUUGCAGCAAUACGUGAUCCCCGCCCGCAGCCGGAGUCCCUUCCGCAUCAUGUCAUCGUUCGUGCGGAAUGUGACCGAUUGCCCCCCACAGCAGAAGCCAGACCAUCCUCAUUCUCUCUCCCUGUCGUCAGCGGCAACGGUCCCAUCCUCCAUGUCAGCUCCAUCCGUGGUGUCAGCAUCAUCACCUGAGCGGUUCAUAUACGAUGAGAUCCGACAGGCUGACCGGACCCUCGUCAAGGAGCCUGGCAUCUGUAGAUACUGGUGAUUGCAGGGAAAAAGAGAAGGCAGUAUGCUUGCCGUGAUACGUUCGUUGCUGUGUGCGUGCAGGUUUGGCCUCCCAUUUGUCGAUCGCUGGCGGGGGUUCCGCGUGCAGAUAUGCCAAAGCCGACACAACAAUGGCGAAAGCACACUGCAAAAGACCGGCAACUCCUCGCUGACAUCCCCUGUGUCAUCCAUCAACUGCUUUUUGAGGAAGGGUGACUUCCCCUUCCCUCGGCUGAUGUGUGACUUCGUCGGUAUCAAAGUGGCCGUAUGGCAGUACGCGACGGGCGGCAAGGGCUGGGGCCCGCCCGGGGAAGAUGAGUGGGAGGGAAUCGACACCGGCUGCAGCCCUGACUUGCAGCUGGAAGAUCCAUCAGAUAUGACACACAGCCCUCCGUCCCGGUUUCUGUCGAAGCUGCACUAUCAAGGCGACCCGAACGGUCAUGGCGAGGUGACGUGCAAUGAGAGCGAGUGGGUGAGGCAUCCGGUGCUUGUGCUGGAGAGGUACAGAGAAGGAGCCCGUUAUAUGCUGCAAUGUGUGUGCUGUGCUGUGCUGUAUUGUAUUGUAUUGUAUUGUAUGGGUGUGUGCAGGUGGGACCCGACAAACAACAACCAGUUCCAUCUUGAUGCGGGUAUCUAGAUGAGACAGUAGAAAAACUUGGUGGGACGACAAAUGCCUGCAUUGUGUCGGGUGCAGUUGGGUCUUUCAUUGCCUUGGCUGUGGCUGGGGUGUCGCCCUUUGAGACACAAUUCCUUGCAAGUAAUUACAUACAGCAAAGAAUGGACGAGACACAUCUUUGUCUUCCGCGCCUUGUGUGGGGGGGAAUGCAGUCGACAAGCAGCCGCCCGGCCAUUACGUCGACUUCUGGAGGAGUGUCUUCCCCUCCUACCCCCCCGUCUUCCUGGGCACCUCCCCGUCGCCAGCCACCCAGCGGUUCUACGAGGGGAAGCUGUGCUUCUCGCGUCUGGCCUUCGGCGCCCACGGAGGAGUGGGGCUGAUGAACCUCGAGUGGCAGAAGCAAGCAGCAGACAAGGUGCUCCUGCGCGGCAACUCCCCUGCGACCUUCCAUCCACUGGGCAAAGGACAUUCCAACAUCUGUGGCUCGGCCAUCAUGCACGCCUUCCGCGCUCACGUGCUGACGGCCCUCAGUCUCUCCAAGGACCGAGACACUGAUCAAGUGGAUGGGGGAGACAGCAGCAACAGCACUGUGGAGGUGUUGGAAGAAAGGCAGCUGAGCAGCACGACCACCGUGGCAAUGAUGGAUGAGUUUGUGCGGCACCGAUGGCAGUGGCCCCCAGGCGUCAGAGGCGCAUCCUGUGGCUCAGCAGACGGCCAUACCCACAACUCUUCGACAAGGCGGCGGGCCGGGUCCAUAAUUACAAACCAGACAGACAGGUGACCCACAAAUGCUUCACUUCAGAAGCAAAUAUCGUUUGUGUGUGUGUUAUGAUGGGGGACGGGGCAGGUGGGCAACGAGAAGGAGCUGCUGGUGUCUCUCCGGGAGUCUUUGGACAAGGCAGCAACAACCGACAGCCGCUUCUCUGGGUGGCAGAUAGACAACUUCAACCCUGGUGAGCACCGGUUCCGGGACCAAGCUUUGAUGGCGGCCGCGGCUGACAUCCUGGUGGGCGUGCACGGGGCGGGCCUGACUCUCUGCAUAUACAUGCGGAACGGUUCGGCGGUGAUCGAGAUGUUCGGGGGCAAUCGCGGGCCUGGCAACAGGCAAUUCCACACGACCUGUGCGAAGGUGGGCCACCGACGGUGGGAGAUGCACGAGUCGCUGCAGCAUGUGGCGCCCGAGAAGGUGUGGGAGCCGGUGCGGCAGGCCAUUGAGCAGCUGGAUGCUCUCGAGUGAGUGGAGCGUGGGGGAGGGUGAGGUGGGGUUUCUGUGUGGCAUGUGGAGAUAGGCUCUGUCUUUGUGCGAGAGACGCGAGUCAGCCGACGUGCGUGUGUGCGAUGGAUGGAUGGAUGGAUGCAUCGAUGGGUGGAGAUCGAUGGAUGCGC